ACACAAGCAGCACCAACAACAACAAACGAAAAAAAAACAACAACUUACUAAGGCAUUACGCCACCGCUUGGGGUCUUUUGGCGCUGCCCCAUGCACAGUUUGAUUUAGAUUUAAAUUGAAAACGUUCGUGUGCUGUUCGUUCGCUGUUGCUCCUCGGCUCUUAUUGCCACUUUUGCAUUAUAAUAUAUAACUACAUUUUUUUUUGUUCGUAUUGUUAAAAUUAUUAAAUCAUAUACAUACAUACAUAUAUGUCCACACAUGUGUGUAUUUUAAAUUUGUGCUAUUGUUCUUUGUUGCUUAUAUUGUAUAAAUUUAUUAAAACAUUUUGAAAAAUUUACCUCCCGGGAAAACCAACAAGUGCGCUUUUGACACACAGUUACAUAUUGCAUCUCUAUUUCUGCCUGUGUGUGUAUGUGUGUGAGUGCGUUUGUGUGUGCGUGCCUAGAGUACGUUCAACUAAUUGAAAGUGAAUUGAAAACAAACACACAAGUGAAAAUAGAAUUGAAAAAAACAACAACAAUAACCAACAAUUUGGCAACAAGAAAAAGUAGAACACAAAAUUUUGUUCGUUGUUUUUCACAGUCACAUACAUAAUCCACACAAGCACACACAAAAUUAAUAAAACCGUGAAAACAGCUGGUCGGACUGCAAGAGCGUGUAACAGGUUCUUUGUAUCUGUAUCUGCAUCUGUCUGUGUCUGUGUGUGUGCAUCUGUGUCUUUGGCUGUGUCUGUGUGUGGGCGACCGAACAUCAUCCAACUCUAUCCAAAAUGACCGAUCUCAAUGAGCUGAUGGGUUCACCAUUUGUCCGCGUUAAGCUUGUUGCCUUUGUGCACUAUUUCUUCAUAACGAAUGCCAUGCUAGGCAACUGGGGACAUGGAGGCUAUGAGUUCUCCAAUUUCCUAUUUAUGAUUGCCCUGUUUUGGACAAUGCACAGCAAGGAUUCCAUUGAAUCUGUGCAAACGGCGCUCGUCAUUGAUGCAUCUUGCAUAUUCUUUGAUCUGGUGUUCAUUAUUGUUUAUUUCAGUUCGAUGAAUGGCUGGGCCAUUACGUUUAGCAUCAUAAAUCUGAUUUUACGACCCGUUAGCGUGGCCUUGUUGUAUCGAGAGUUCAACACACGCGGCGGCACCCUGCAAACGGGUUCGGUCUUCCCCACAACUCAGCAGCGCAGCUAUCAGGACAUCGAUCGGCCCACACAGCCGACACCGACCAACAAUUCACAGCCCGGGCCCAAUGUGGCCAGCAUUUUCUAGGCCAAGAAGUAACCAAAAUAAAACCAAAUUGACUUAUAGAUACAUACUAUAUGUUUUAACAACCAACAACCCUUCCAAGUACCUUCAAAUCACAAAAGACCCCCCAAAUAAAAAUUGUUCGUUUUUUUUAUAUCUUACAUCUGUUUUGUAUUGUGAUCCCUUAACAAAAGUCAAAAAAUGUCGAAAUAAUUGUAAAACCUAUUCUUAUUAUUUUUUAGUUCAUUCUUUUCUUAAUCUCUUGUUUUUUUAUCAAUUGUACAAUUAAGCUUAAGCAAAACAGACUAAUCAAAAGGGGCGAAAAAAGUCAAGAAAAUGGCACAGGAAUGGGUUGUUUCCCAAUUUCGAUAUGUUAUCGAAACAAUUGCAAUCUCUAGAAUUCGCAGAUGGGACGGAAUUUGGUUGGAAUUAGGAACAGCCUUGAUUAUCGAAAUCGGAAUUUGUACUUGUUAGUAAAGAUGGAACCAGAAAAGAAUAAAAAAAAAGCAAAGUGAAAUAACAGCUAA